AUGGCUUCCCAGGGUCACGAUUUCUUCUCUCAUGUACGCUCGAAGCUCCGACACUCUCGGUCCAGCGUCAUAUUGUCGACCUCCUCUUCUACGUCCACUCAAAUUCCCGUGAAACAUAAUGUCCCGUCUUGGGAUAAUCUUCCGGUGGAGUAUCGACCAGUUCAAAGAGCCCAUAUGCGGAGGCCAUCUGACUACUACUAUCCAUAUCAACCACUUCCGGGACCGCCUCCUCGACCGAGGACAACGUCACCCACCCCGACAUGCCGGCCACAGCUGAGAAUUCAUACCGGCAAUGGACCAUAUACGAAGCCGAAGGCUUAUCGUCGAAAAUCAGCGCAAGAGUUUUAUACCACUCUGCCGGACAGAAAUGCUGGUGUCUAUCACGCUCAACAGGCGCAAGAUCGACGCAAAAGCAUGAGCGUGGAAAUAGCGGUAGCUCUACCGCCGGACCACCUAGAUCCUCCACCACCAUACUCUCCGCCGCGUCCUCGACCGAAACGGCAUGAAAUCUAUCAGAGUAGAUCGCAGCAGUACCAGGCGUAUCAAGAAGCCACGGCCCUUCGUCCCUAUGACCCUAGAGAGUAUGCGAGGGAUGACGCGUCUGCUCAGGCCACAUACUUCGCAGGAGGCACAGUGCGAGCCAUGAGGGAGGUACCAACAAUUGAAGCUCAGCCGCCCACGCCUGUGUCACCGCUGAAUACUCUCGACCAACAAUAUCUAGCACUAAACCGAUCGGGCGGCAGCGUCACUGUCGACGCUCUUCUAGCUCACCCCAUGCUGCAUCGGUGA